AUGGGGGCUUCAGCGUGGCGCUGGGUGCUGCGCGUCGCCCGCCUCUCCGGUGGCGGCAGGAGGGCUCCGACGGCGCCGCUGCACUACCCAAGCCGUGGGCCUGCUUUUUGCGCUGCUCCGUUUGCCGACUCCGCGUCCUCAGGCUCCAGGGAUGAUGCUUUAAAGGACAAACGCAUCCGGAUCCUAUCCCGUGGGCUGCCAAAACAGAAGCCCAUAGAAGGAGUUAAGCAGGUGGUGGUCAUGGCUUCUGGAAAAGGGGGAGUUGGAAAAUCAACAACAGCAGUAAAUAUAGCCCUCGCCCUAGCAGCAAAUGAUUCGACAAAAGAAGUUGGUUUACUUGAUGCAGACAUAUAUGGACCUUCAAUUCCAAAGAUGAUGAACUUAAAAGGAAACCCAGAAUUAACACCAAAAAAUCUUAUGAGGCCCCUUAAGAACUAUGGAAUCUCAUGCAUGUCUAUGGGUUUCUUAAUAGAAGAGACUGCACCAGUGGUGUGGAGAGGACUCAUGGUGAUGUCAGCUGUUGAGAAAUUGUUGAGACAGGUUGACUGGGGUCAGCUGGACUAUUUAGUAAUUGACAUGCCACCUGGGACUGGAGAUGUACAACUGUCAGUCUCACAGAAUAUUCCAAUUGCAGGAGCUGUAAUCAUCUCUACUCCACAAGAUGUGGCUUUAUUGGAUGCACGCAAAGGAGCUGAAAUGUUUAGAAAAGUCCACGUACCAGUUUUAGGACUGGUUCAAAAUAUGAGUGUUUUCCAGUGUCCAAAAUGUAAGCAUGAGACACACAUUUUUGGAGCUGAUGGUGUAAGAGAUCUAGCAAAAACCCUUGGAUUGGAUGUUUUAGGAGACGUUCCACUGCACGUUAAUAUACGGGAGACAUGUGAUACAGGAAAGCCUGUUGUCGCCUCACAGCCUCAAAGUGACGCCGCUAAAGCCUAUCUAAAGAUAGCUAUGGAAAUAGUAAGACGACUGCCAGUACCUCCCGCUUGA